AUGAUUAAAUCUCUCAAACGUACCACAACUACCAUUGCUAAUAAUAUCACUUCUAAACAAUGCAAUUUACUUUCUAAUAAGAAUGUAUUUUCAUAUAGUAAUCAAAUUAGAUUUAAAUAUAGUGAUAAAGUAAUAGAUCAUCAUAAAAAUCCAAGAAAUAGUGGUUCAUUAGAUGCUAAAGAUGCAAAUGUUGGUACUGCUCUUGUUGGUGCACCAUCUUGUGGAGAUGUAUUAAAAUUUCAAAUUCUAGUAGAUGAUAAUGGUAAAGUAAUUGAUGCUAAAUUUAAAGCCUUUGGAUGUGGUAGUGCAAUUGCUAGUAGUAGUUAUGCAACAGAACUUGUGAAAGGUAAAACAAUUGAAGAUUGUAUGAUGAUUACAAAUAAUGAUAUUGCAUCACAUUUAUCUUUACCUCCUGUUAAGAAACAUUGUAGUUUAUUAGCUGAAGAAGCUAUUAGAAAAGCAACUGAAGAUUAUAUGAAAAAGAAACAAGAAAAGGAAAAAUUUAAAUUAGAACAACAACAAGAAUCACAAUCUAAUUAA